CCAUACAAGCGGCAUCCUGUUGAACAUGGCCAGUCGCAUCCCUCGCUGGGGAUUAGGUGAUACUAUUUCAUACAGCCUUUGAAGGCCGCUCAUAUAAUCUGCUCUAAUCUAAGCAGGACAUCACCAGAUGAGCAACGACAACCGAGAGUACUGGAUUUGCUGUUCAAGAGAAAUCAACGUGUGGCUGUCGUCGAGUCAGACAACAUGUCCAUCACUACCUGUCAGAAAGUUACUUUGAUAUCAUGCUCGGUCCUCUGUGUAUCUCUCUUCUUACCCAGGAUGCUUUUACCCAGAGCCAAAAAGGAGAUGGAACAGCUGCAGGCUGGUCCUGGGUUCCAUCCCCCAGGGAUAUAUCAGGUGUCUAAUGACCCAGAGCAGUGGGGUGCUGACCAGGUUCACUCCAUGACAUACAUCGCUGAGGUCACUGCUAAAGUCAGAAGCAUUGGACAAAAUAGUAAAAAACACAACUUGAUGGCUCAAGUCAUACCCAUAUAUGGGUUUGGGAUUCUUCUUUACAUCCUCUAUAUAAUCUACAAGUUGACUUACAAAGACAAGAAUGCAAAACCAGGACAUUACAGAACAACUAUGAGCAUGGAGAAGAAUAUAGGUGAGUGCAGUACUCUAAUUAUUAGUGUAAAUAUAAAUCGAUGCAAUUCAUCUGAUACAACUACUCAAAAUACACCCACAAGAAAUGAAAACAGAGCGCACAGCUCUAAAAUCAGCAGAAAGACUGACGCUAAUGCUAUGAGAAUGAGGGCAUCAUACAUACUUGAGUUGUUUGGACUACAAACUUCUCUCCAACUGGGAGUUUCCGUGAUUGUCAUUUUAUUUCCAUACGUGUUUCUUUUAGCAACUGACGAUGAGCUACAGGAGCGACUACUUGACUCAGAAAGGAUCAUGGCAAGGAUUGUCUCAGGAAAUACUUGUGCGUCUGGGAGUGGAAGACGCAGGCGAAGUAAAUCGACUCCAACAAAGAAAGAAGAGAAACUUCUCAGGCAGCUAAGGCAGAUCGCACAACUGAUGCAAGAAGGCCGUGUGGAGGCUGCCUCUCCAGAGAUGGAGGCAGAGCAAGUCCCUUACAGUGCAGACUGGGAAGGUUACCCCGAGGAGAUUUACCCUGAGUAUGAAGGACCCGAUUACAAAUGUGAACUUGACCGAUUGGCCCCAGAUGAGUUUGUCAACCAGCCCACUGCGGAGGCCCUGGCAGAGCGAAUGGAGCAAGAGGAAGAAGAAGUUGUAGCAAGGAAACUAUCCAUAGUACAAGAGGAGGAUGAAGAAGAGGAGGAAGGUGAGGAUGUGGAGGAACAGGAGGAGAAAGAUGAAGAGGAGGAGGUAGAGGAAGAAGAGGAGGAAGAAGAGGGUGAGGAGCAGAUAGCAGAAGAAGAGGAGGAGGAAGAGGAGGAGGAGGAAGCAGAAGCUGAGAAAAGACUUUUGCUGGUUCCACUUGCCUCCCAAACUGCUACAAAUACACAGCAUGAGAGAUUAGGUCUGCAAGUACAGAAUGAGCUGCAACGUCACAAAGGAGGGAGGAAGCAUAUUAGUUUUAAUGACAGCAGAAAUGUAUUUCACUACCCAAAAGAAGAUACCUAUGAGGAGGAGAUGGAGAAGGAGGAAGAAGAUGAGGAUGCUGAUGUGGAUGAAGAUGAUGGGACAGAGGUAGAAGAGGACGAGGAGGAAGCUGAUGAGGAAGAUCCAGUGACAGAGGCGGAGAGACUUGAGUUUAGUAGUGCAGGAUGUCCCAACCCUGAGGAAGAGGCAGAGCAGGAAGAAGCAGAGUCUUUGCCAAUGAUAGCUUUUGCAGAGUGUGACAGUAAUGUCCACAGAGACAUUCCCAAAGAGGUCAGUGGGCUGAGGAUGCGAAACAGGAGGGAGAUAUGA